AUGACAGGGCUAGUUUUAGACAGAAUUAAGCCAAGUGUACAAAUCAAAACUAAUAAACAAUUUAUACGUAUACAACAAGCAGCAUGUAAUAAUACUAAACAAAUUAUAGGAAAAAUCAAAGAUCAACAUUAUCCAAAAGAAGAUCUAUUAGAUUUUUCAUCAGAUGAUAGUAUUGAAGAUGCAAAUGUUGUCCCUGUGCAGGAUGAAAAAUAUUAUAGCUUUGCCGACGACAGCGAUAUAGUAGACAGAAAAAAAAGAGCCAAUUCAGAAGAUAUAAAUAAUAUUGCAGUAGACAAAUAUAACUUGGAUGGCAAGUCCUCGAGAAAACAAGAUGAGCUAGAAGCACUAAGUUGUACAGAUGUAGAACAAGUUUGGGGCAGUUAUAGUGGCAGUGGCAGUUUUAAAAAUAAUUCCUUAGAAUAUAGUAAACCUGUACCUGUGAAGUUCUGCCAUGCCACUAAAAGGAAACGAAAUAUACAGCCUACCGGAUCAUUAAAUCAAGCAUAUGAAAAAAUAUUUAAAGUUGUACAAGUUCCAGGUUCUGCCCUCAAGUUAUUUGUUGAAGGUCGAAGUUCUGGGAUAGCAACACCUGAUAAUAUAACAAGGAUAACUGAUUUUGAAGCCGCAUUGUUUAAUCAGUUUAUAUCAGUAUCCAAUGAUAUAAAACAAUUAAGGCUGUUAAGUGCUUGUGGACAAUCAGCUAUAAACUUUUAUAAUGAAUUUGUAAGUAGUAAACAGUGUGAAGCUGGGAGUAUUUUCAAAAAUACGAGGCUACAGAAUGGUGAAAAUAAAAUAUGGAUGCAAUAUUGGCAGAUAAGAAUCACAGGUACUUCUGCAUAUAAUUUAUAUACAUAUUAUUGCGGCAAGAAUACAUCAUGGGAAACAAAAUUAUUAAAAAUAAUGUUUCCUAAAUUCGCUGGAAAUCAUGCUACCAGGUAUGGUAAAAAUUGCCCUCAUCUGGAAUUUAGUCUAGAUGGAUUUAUUAAAGAAAAUGGAGAGAUGCACUUGAUAGAGAUAAAGUGA